AUGUUUUUCAAUGUUAAUGGAAUAUCUUUCAUGUCUAGAGACGUACGACAAGUGCUCAACGAAAUUCCUAGAAAAUUGUGUUUAAAACUCCACCCUUUUGGUGCUCCCCCAUUCUCUUCACCAUCGGAAAACGAUAAUUCAUUUCACGCCACUAUGUCAUGCUCUCUCCCUUAUCACGCUCAAUCACUUUUCAAUGCGAAUCAGAUCAGGGCACACAACAAGUUCUCAACGAAAUGCCUGAAUAGAUUGUGUUCGCAACUCCUCCCUGUCAUUUCUCCCCUCGUUACCUACACCAUCGAAAAAGGCUUGGUGUUUAACCUAUUUGGUGGUGGCUAUGGAAACUCCAAAACGAGAUCUUCCCCACAAAAACCUGUUGAAGCUUUUCUCUACCUCUCUACUGUCAAACCACUUUUUUUUGUUAAUGUUUGGGUGUGUUUGGGGUAUCUUUUCAAAGGGCAAAAGGACUUUUGGGAAAAGUUCCAAAAAACCAGAUUUCAAGGAAUUGUACUUAAGCGUUCGAUGUUUAUGUAUGUGUUUGUAACGAUCAUUUUUCGAGAAGAAGAAGAGAAGUGGAAGAAGGAGAACUUGAGUACCUUGAGCUCAUAG